CAGCCCUCUGGUCCACCCAUAAAGCCACCAUUCAAACCACCUAAUUUCUUCACCACGACAAAGUCAACUUCAAAAUCCACCACAAUAUCCACCUCAAAGCCAACCUGGACCACAACCUCCACUGAAACCUCCAACGAAACCCCCACUGCAACCUCCACCUCAAGUCCCACUGCAACCUCCACCUCAAGCCCCACUGCAACCUCCACCUCAAGCCCCACUGCAACCUCCACCUCAAGCACCACUGAAACCUCCACCGAAACCCCCACUGCAACCUUUAUCUCAAGCCCCACUGCAACCUCCACCUCAAGCCCCACUGCAACCUCCACCGAAACCCCCACUGCAACCUCCACCUCAAGCCCCACUGCAACCUUUAUCUCAAGCCCCACUGCAACCUCCACCUCAAGCCCCACUGCAACCUCCACCUCAAGCCCCACUGCAACCUCCACCUCAAGCCCCACUGCAACCUCCACCUCAAGCCCCACUGCAACCUCUACCGAAACCCCCACUGCAACCUUCACCUCAAGCCCCACUGCAACCUCCACCUCAAGCCCCACUGCAAUCUCCACCUCAAGCCAACCUGUAACCUCCACCGAAACCCCCACUGCAACCUCCACCUCAAGCCCCACUGAAAUCUCCACCGAAACCCCCACUGCAACCUCCACCUCAAGCCCCACUGCAACCUUUACUUCAAGCCCCACUGCAACCUCCACCUCAAGCCCCACUGCAACCUCCACCGAAACCCCCACUGCAACCUCCACCUCAAGCCCCACUGCAACCUCCACUUCAAGCCCCACUGCAACCUUUACCUCAAGCCCCACUGCAACCUCCACCUCAACCUCCACCUCAAGCCAACCUGCAACCUCCACCGAAACCCGCACUGCAACCUCCACCUCAAGCCCCACUGAAAUCUCCACCGAAACCCCCACUGCAACCUCCACCUCAAGCCCCACUGCAACCUUUACUUCAAGCCCCACUGCAACCUCCACCUCAAGCCCCACUGCAACCUCCACCGAAACCCCCACUGCAACCUCCACCUCAAGCCCCAAUGCAACCUCCACUUCAAGCCCCACUGCAACCUUUACCUCAAGCCCCACUGCAACCUCCACCUCAAGCCCCACUGCAACCUUCACCUCAAGCCAACCUGCAACCUCCACCAAAACCCGCACUGCAACCUCCACCUCAAGCCCCACUGCAACCUCCACCUCAAGCCCCACUGCAACCUUUACUUCAAGCCCCACUGCAACCUCCACCUCAAGCCCCACUGCAACCUCCACCUCAAGCCCCACUGCAACCUCCACUUUAAGCCCCACUGCAACCUUUACCUCAAGCUCCACUGCAAGCUCCAUUGCAACCUCCACCUCAAGCUCGACUGCAACCUUUACCUCAAGCCCCACUGCAACCUCCACCUCAAGCCCCACUGCAACCUCCACUUUAAGCCCCACUGCAACCUUUACCUCAAGCUCCACUGCAAGCUCCAUUGCAACCUCCACCUCAAGCUCGACUGCAACCUUUACCUCAAGCCCCACUGCAACCUCCACCUCAAGCCCCACUGCAACCUCCACCUCAAGCCCCACUAAAACCUCCAACUCAAGACCCACUGAAACCUCCAACUCAAGACCCACUGAAACCUCCAACUCAAGCCUCAUUCCAACCUCCACCGAAAGCCCCACCUCAAGCCCCACUGCAACCUUCACCUCAAGCCCCACUGAAAACUUCACUUCAAGCCCCACUGAAACCUCCAACUCAAGCCUCACUGAAACCUCCAACUCAAGCCUCACUGCAACCUCCACCGAAACCUCCACCUUAAGCCCCACAGCAACCCCCACCACCUUAAGCCCCACAGCAAUCUCCACCUCAAACCCCACUGCAACGUCCACCUCAAGCCCCACUGCAACCUCCACCUUGAAACCUACUGCAACCUCCACAUCAAACCCCACUGAAACGUCCACCUCAAGCCCCAUUGCAACCUCCACCUCAAGCCCCACAGCAACCUCCACGUCAAACCCCACUGCAACCUCCAACUCAAGCCCCACAGCAACCUCCAACAAAACCCCCACUGCAACCUCCACCUCAAGCUCCAAUGCAACCUCCACCUCAAGCCCUACUGCAACCUCCACCUCAAGCCCCACUGCAACCUCCACCUCAAACCCCACUGCAACCUCCACCUCAAGCCCCACUGCAACCUCCACCUUGAACCCUACUGCAACCUCCACAUCAAACCCCACUGCAACCUCCACCUCAAGCCCCAUUGCAACGUCCACCUCAAGCUCCACAGCAACCUCCACCUUAAGCCCCACUGCAACCACCACCUCAAACCCCACAGCAACCUCCACCUCAAACCCCACUGCAACCUCCAACUCAAGCCCCACAGCAACCUCCAACAAAACCCCCACUGCAACCUCCACCUCAAGCAUGAAGAUGUUGGCAGCUGUGGUUGUUUUAUUCCUGGCGGUCGGCAUGAGUGACAGCGUGAUUCUGAAUAAAUGUGAGCUGAAGCAGCAGCUUCAGACCGGCCUUACACUGCCUCCGAAUAUGACCGACGUGCUGGCACAGAUCGUGUGCCAUGUCCAGCUGACCUCUAACUUCAACACCAGCGCCAUUAAGACGAUCACUGAGCCACAAAAUUCAGGUGAACUUCACGGUCCUCGUAAGGGCAGGUCUGCCAAGAGCCAAGGAAAAAAUAAAGGCCGCCCCUCCAGUAAAGUCCCCUCUCCACCCCACUUGGAAAGUGCAGAGGACAAAAAUGAGGUCUGGACCUUGUACGGCUUGUUCCAACUUAGUGACCAUGUGGUGUGCAACUCCACCCAAAGUCAUUCCCUGAACCUCUGCGGACUGACCUGCAACAAGCUGCUUGACGAUAACAUCAGUGAUGAUUUGGCCUGUGUCCAAGUCCUUAUAAAUAAAAUGACUGCAGUGAUUCCUGACCCCAAAACUGCUAAACACAUCCGUAAAAUUUCCAUCUCAACCCCCACCUUAAGCCCCACUGCAACCUCCACCUCAAGUCCCAUUGAAACCUCCACCUCAAGCCCCACUGCAACCCCCACCUUAAGCGCCAUUGCAACCUUCACCUCAACCCCCACUGAAACCUCCACCUCAAGCCCCACUGCAACCUCCACCUCAAGCCCCACUGCAACCUCCACCUUAAGCCCCACUGCAACCUCCACCUUAAGCCCCACUGCAACCUCAACCUCAAGCCCCACUGCAACCUCCACCUUAAGCUCCACUGCAACCUCCACCUUAAGCUCCACUGCAACCUCCACCUCAAGCCAACCUGCAACCUCCACCUCAAGCUCCACUGCAACCUCCACCUCAAGCCCCACUGCAACCUCCACCUUAAGCUCCACUGCAACCUCCACCUCAAGCCCCACUGCAACCUCCACCUCAAGCCCCACUGCAACCUCCACCUCAAGCUCCACUGCAACCUCCACCUUAAGCCCCACUGCAACCUCCACCUCAAGCCCCACUGCAACCUCCACCUCAAGCCCCACUUGCACCUCAAGCCCCACUGCAACCUCCACCUUAAGCCCCACUGCAACCUCCACCUCAAGCCCCACUGAAACCUCCACCUCAAGCCCCACUGCAACCUCCACCUCAAGCCCCACUGCAACCUCCACCUUAAGCUCCACUGCAACCUCCACCUCAAGCCCCACUGCAACCUCCACCUCAAACCCCACUGCAACCUCCACCUCAAGCCCCACUGCAACCUCCACCUCAAGCCCCACUGCAACCUCCACCUCAAGCCCCACUGCAACCUCCACCUUAAGCUCCACUGCAACCUCCACCUCAAGCCCCACUGCAACCUCCACCUCAAGCCCCACUGCAACCUCCACCUCAAGCUCCACUGCAACCUCCACCUUAAGCCCCACUGCAACCUCCACCUCAAGCCCCACUGCAACCUCCACCUCAAGCCCCACUGCAACCUCCACCUCAAGCCCCACUGCAACCUCCACCUCAAACCCCACUGCAACCUCCAUCUCAAGCCCCACUGCAACCUCCACCUCAAGCCCCACUGCAACCUCCACCUCAAGCCCCACUGCAACCUCCACCUCAAGCCCCACUGCAACCUCCACCUCAACCCCCACUGCAACCUCCACCUCAAGCCCCACUGCAACCUCCACCUCAAGCCCCACUGCAACCUCCACCUCAAGCCCCACUGCAACCUCCACCUCAAGCCCCACUGCAACCUCCACCUCAACCCCCACUGCAACCUCCACCUCAAGCCCCACUGCAACCUCCACCUCAAGCCCCACUGCAACCUCCACCUUAAGCUCCACUGCAACCUCCACUUAAUGUUAGUAAACUGUUCUUGUUUGUUUUGGGUUUUUCUCUCACAUAAUUAUACAGUUUGUUCAAAUCUUCUGAAUGUAUAAUGGGUUGCUUCAUGUUUCAUUCCAUUUCAAUAAAUGCAAAGCAACAUCAAAA